AUGUCCACCAAUUCUGGAGUUACUGCUGAUGCUUUGAAAGCUGUUAUUAUUGAAAAGUUGGGCGCACAACAUGUUGAAGUAGAGGAUUUAUCAGCAGGUUGUGGUCAAAUGUUUGAGGUGGUUAUCGUCUCUCCCAUCUUUGAAGGAAAGCGUCUUUUGGCCAGACACAAGCUUGUAAACGAAGCUCUCAAGGAAGAGAUUAGUAAAGUGCACGCUUUUACUCAAAAAUCAUAUACACCCGAGGAAUGGGAGAAGAAGAAGGCAGAGUAA